AUGGUAAAUGGAUGGGAGCACCAUGUUGCUGGGCCUAAGGGCUUCGUCGGAAGUGACGGAAUCUGCCGUGGAGGCAUUUUCGAUGCUGCAACAGGCAAGCGAUGGGCAUCUGCUAAUUUCAAAAUUCCGGCAAGUGAAAUCACACCAUUGAAAAAGAUGCUUGGAGGAGGGAGCACCGCUGCUCAAAUCAACGGCGAAAAGUUUCUUGCUAUUCGAAUGCUCCCAGACAAGAAUCUAAUGCACUUGCGAAGCCCAAACAAAGAGCCCAUGACUGUCAUGUUUGUCAAAACUGCUGGAAAAGAGGCCUGUCUCGUUGGCGUCGGAGCUGCUGGCGCAUCUGCUGGUGAUAUUGCUAAGGGAAUGGGACGAGUUGCUGAUAAGCUUGCUAAAGCCUAA